GAUUAUCCAUCUUUAAGCCAAAUUAAUAAAAUACUUGUCGAAAAUAAAAUUAAUGUUAUAUUUGCUGUCCCUGAACAAAAAAUACCACUCUAUAACAUUCUUAGUUCAAAAAUUGAAGCAUCAUAUGCAGGAAAAUUAUUAAAAGAUUCUUCAAAUAUAGUUCAUUUAAUUCAAGGUCAAUAUAAUAAAAUUAGAUCAAAGGUUAUAUUGAAAAAUAGUUCUAAUGAAUUUAUGAAAGUGACUUAUGUCUCAAAAUGUUUAGGAGAUAAUGCAAAAGAGACAAAUGUUUGUGAAAAUAUGACUGUGGGCACAACAGUUGAUUUUGAUAUAACAGUGGAAUUACUUUCAUGUCCACAAAAUUCAAGUUUGUGGAAUACCAAUAUUGAGAUUUCACCAAUCGGCUUACAGGAAUAUUUGCAAGUUGAUGUUGACAUGUUAUGUGAAUGUGAUUGUGAAAAACCAGAAAAUGAGAUUGUGAAAAGUGAAAAUUGUUCAUAUGCUGGAACUUUUGAAUGUGGUAUAUGUACUUGUGAAAAAAAUCAUUAUGGUAAAGAAUGUGAAUGUGAUGAAAUUCAGCAUAGCAAAUUAUUUCAGUGUCAACAAACAAAUACUUCAGAAUUAUGUUCAGGAAGAGGUGAAUGUAUUUGUGGAGAAUGUGAUUGUUAUGCUGGUCCUGGAGAUGAAGAAAUUUUUGGCCAAUAUUGUCAGUGUGAUACAUUUUCCUGUGAACGCGAUUCCGAAGGGAAAAUUUGUGGUGGACCUUCACGAGGAAUUUGUUGUGGAAAGUGCAUUUGUCAACCUGGUUGGACUGGAGAUGAUUGUGAUUGUACUGAAGAUCAAAGUACUUGUAUAGCUUCCAUAGGAAAUAGUGAACCUUUGGUUUGCAGUGGUCAUGGUGAUUGCAUUUGUGGAAAAUGUAAAUGUCAUAAUGAUGAACAUGGGUCAUAUACAGGCCUUUACUGUGAAGACUGUAAUUAUUUAGAUGUCCUAGCAUUAGCAGUAAGAAAGGUUGAAAAUAAAAAUGAGAAACUGUGUGUGUUCAAAGAUAAUGAUGGAUGUUCUUUUACAUUUAAAUAUACUUAUAAUGAAAGUAAUGAACUUUAUAUUUUUGCACAGAACAUUAAAGAAUGUCCAAAACCAAUAAAUGUGCCUUUAGUAGUUGGAAUUGUAGCUGGUGGAGUAUUUCUAAUUGGACUAAUUGCAGUUUUAAUAAUAAGAUUUUGUAUCCAUUUAAAAGAUUUACGAGAUUACAAAAAAUUUCAAGAAGAAGUUGAUAAACUUAAAUGGGGUCAAGAAACAAAUCCUCUAUAUAAGAAAGCAGUAUCUAGCUAUCAAAAUCCAACCUAUAACCCAAAAAACAAUUGAUUAUAACUUUAAAGAUUGAAUCAUUUUAAAAAGAACAUUCCAUCAUGUUUACUUAAAUUUUAUAGAUAUUUAAGAUCACUUAAUAGAAUACUGUAAAGUAUAUUGAUGUAAAAGAGGAAAAGAAACAACAUUCUUGAAAAAUUGGUAAUGUUUUGUCAGACUUUAUUAAUAUAGCAUCAUAUAUUAUGUAUCAUAUCAUUUUAAAAAUUAUCAGUGUAAACAAUAAGAAAUACUUCUAAUUUAGAAAAUAAAUUUUUUAUGAAAAUUACAACAAGUUAUAUAAAUACAAUUUUCAGGGAAGCUUUCAGAAAAGUAUUUUUAUAUAUUUAGCAACUUUGUUAAUAUUGUAUAAGAUCAAUGGCAGCAGAACUUUUUGCAACUAGAGGGAAAAGAAAUUAACCAUUGUUUAGAAUGGUUGAAGUUUUAUAUACAGUAUAUACAAGAUGUACUGUACAUAAAGUCUGGAACAAAUGGGGAAAAUGUGCAAGAACACAUUAGUACUAAUGUUAAUGAACAAAUGUCACUACAAAACAUGUGUCCUUGCUGACAGAUGGUCACCCACUUUGAGCUUGUCAUGACUGAUCCUGUUCUCAAAGUUAUUGAAGCAGUUUCCCCAUCAUGCCAUGUGUUAUCAGCGGUUUGGCGAAUUUGGCUGCCUUUGUAUAAGUCCUUCUCAGCCACAAAGGAGAGUUAUCUUCAUUCAGCCUUUCUUACUUCGCACUAUCACUGAAUCUGUUAUGAGAAAAAAAUUUCCAAUUGGUUCCAGACUUUAUGCACAUCCUGAAUGUUAUUUAGAGUAUGAAAGCAGUAUUAUUAAUUUAAGUAUAAAAAAUGACAAGAAUAUUUUGUUACUAUUUAUCAUUAUGUUGUUAUUUUCUCAGUAUUAAAAGGUGGAAAACUGUGUAAAGUAUGUCAAACUGCUUAUCAAAUCUGUAAUAAGUUAAUAUGCUGUCAUACAAAAACAGUAUUGACAAGUCAUAUCUUAACUCAGCUCCAUACUUUCAAAUGAUUACUAAUUUCUGAAAUUUGACAGCUGUUUACAUAUAUAUGUGUGCCAGUUUAUUUGAUUAAAGUCUUUAAAUGAUGAAAAUGCAUUCCUUAUAAAUAUUUUUUUAACUUCAUAAAUAUGGAAAAAAUUGCUGUACAGUAGCAAAAAUUGGAAAAAUAGGAGACGAUCCCAAAUACUAAUACUAAUGAAAAUGAUUUUAUUACUGAGUUAUAUUUUCUCUAUACCUCCUUUAGAGGAAGAGAGAAAACUUUCAUACACCUCCUUGUAUUUUUGCUAUAUUGGUUAAAAUGUAUUAUUACAAAUACAUAAGAUUUUGUAUUGAUAAGUGAAGAAAGGUUUCAUAAAAACAAAUAGCAAUAUUUUAGUAAUAAUAUCAGCCAUUCUAAUUUUUCCUACUGUUUUUGCCUGAGUUGUUACAUCCAAUUUCAAUCUUUGACAUAGAUAAUCCAAACAAUUGUUGGAUUUUUGGGCUACUUUACCACUACUAUUAGUAAUUAAAUUAUGUAGUAUUCAAUUAUUAAUAGCAGCAGUAAAGUAGCUCGAAAAUCUGGUAAUUGUUUAGCUUAUUACAAAAUAUCCGGCUUUUAGAUGUUUAUAUAAAUUACUUAAUUAAUAUUAGAAAUUUAAUUAGUUUUGAAAGCUUUAUGCUUUGCUUAUUUCUAUAUUUCUGUAUUAAAUUUAAUAAUAAAAAUAAAUGAAGUAAUAAUAUAUUCUGUUUAUUGAAAGUUUAGACAUUUUUUUUUCUCUUUGUGAAUUGUUGUACAGUAUGAAAAUGAGACAUUUUACUAAAUGGUAUUGUUAAAGUACAUGGUACAUUUCUGUUUAAUUAAAAAUUACAUCAUAAAUUAAUGGAAUUAUUUAAUUAUAUAUUAGUUUUUUUUUAUUUGUGAAAUUCUUAUACAAUGCCCUCAGAAUCUGCCACUGUAGACUCUGGCCUCCUGUGCCUAUUUAGAAAUCUGGCCUUGCUUCGUAUUGGCUUGAAAAUUAUUGUUUGGAUUUCUGUUUUUAAUUUUUAAUAUUAGUUUUCAGUUAUAAGUAUUGAAAACUGAAAAGUGUUUGUAUAUACUUAUUAUUAUUCAUAAUAAAUAAAACAUUAGAAACAAAUACUAAGUUAAAAAAAUAAUUCUCAUUCUGUCCUGUAUUGUGAGCUAAUAAUAAAACAUUAAUCAAUCAAAAAUUGCUAUUUGUUUUUAUGUUCUUAUUUAUGAAGUAUGUAUAA